AUGGCCUGGGACGACGAAGACUUCGAUAUUCCAACAAACAGCAAGACUGCAGCAUCUUGGGAAGAUGAAGAAGAUGAUGAUCCGCUUUUAGAAAGCUGGGAUGUUGAUCCAGAAGAAGAAGCAAAGAAGAAAAAAGCAGAGAAGGAAGCUCAAGCUAAAGCCAAAGCUGAGCAAAAAGCUAAAGAGGAUGAAGCCAAGAGAAAGAAGGAACAAAAGAGAAAAGAGAUGGAAAAGUUUGACAAUUUAGAUGAGAAGAGUAAGAAGGAGCUAUUAAGGAAAGCUGAGUUGACUGCUGAUUUGAACAAUGCUGCUGAUCUUUUUGGAGGACUUGGAGUUGCUGCUGAUGACGAUGAUGAUUUCGAUAUUAAUGAACAUCCUAGGGAAAAAGCUAGAAGGGCGGAAGCAGAAGCAGCUCUGAGAAAGCCAGUGUUGACUAAAGACACGCCAUUAGAGGACCACCCAUUAUUCCAACCAACAAAUAAACAAGAAUACGAGAAAUUGAGAAAAGCAGUUGGUACUACCUUGACAGCUUUGAAUGAAGAUAGCUCACUUUUGUAUGCAUCAAGUUUGGCAAUUGAUUUAAUUAGAGAUUUAACACAACCAUUAUCAGUUGAAAAUACCAGAAAGGUUAUUAGUACAUUGAAUGUGAUUAUAAAGGAUAAGGAAAGACAAGAGAGGUUAGCAAGAUUGAAGAAGACUGGAGGAACUGCUAGUGGGGGUGCAGGAAAGAAGAAAGCUAAGCCCGCUGCUAGACCUAAUGUUGGAGGAUUCAAGAAGGAUGAUUUUGACGAUAUGGGUGGUGAUUUAGACGAUUUGGAUGAUGAUGACUUUAUGUAA